AUGCGCGACGCAGGCUCGCCCGGAAGUCUGUGACUAGGUGCUGAGCGCAGAUCCGCGGAGAUGAACCUUUUAACUAAAGUGAAGCUGAUCAACGAGCUGAAUGAGCGUGAGGUCCAGCUUGGGGUGGCGAAUAAGGCGUCCUGGCACUCCGGGUAUAAGGACAGCGCCUGGAUCUUCCUGGGAGGGCUUCCUUACGAACUGACUGAACGGGACAUCAUUUGUGUGUUCUCACAAUAUGGGGAGAUUGUUAAUAUUAAUCUGGUGCGGGACAAGAAGACUGGGAAAUCCAAAGGAUUCUGUUUCCUCUGCUAUGAAGAUCAGAGGAGCACAAUUCUCACUGUUGACAAUUUUAAUGGGCUCAAGAUCAAAGGAAGAACUAUCCGAGUGGAUCAUGUGUCUAACUAUCGGGCUCCUAAAGACUCAGUAGAAAUGGAUGAUAUGACCAAAGAACUCCAGGAGAAGGGCUGCGGGGCUUACACCCCCUCAGUGAGUUCAUCUAAGGGUUCUGAAGAUGACAAGCCCACAAAAAAACACAAAAAAGACAAAAGGGGAAAAAAGAGGAGAAAGAAAGAAAAAGAGAAGACUGACCGGGAGGUACAGGCAGAGAAGCCAGCCUCCUCUUCAUCACCCAGAAACAAGGUGGUCAAGGAAAAGGAUGACCCUGGCUCUAAAAAGCACAGCAGCAAGAACUCAGAGAGCGGUCAGAAGUCAGAGUCCAGAGAGGUGCGGAGGCACCAUCCCAGCUCUCCUGAGGUCAGGACCAUCUGCCGCAGUGGAGCAGAAGACAGAGAGAGGGAGCCGAAGAAGGAGAAGCCUAAGCAUGAACAUAGGUCCUCAUCCAGAAGGAAAGAAAGAGAAGAAAGGAACAGGGAUGGACAUAGGUGUCAAAGCUCAGACACACAUUCUGGCCGGCACAAUGGGCGUUCUGAGGGGCGUAGUCAGAGAGGUAGAAGUAGGAGCCGAGAUAAGUCCCACAGGCAUAAAAGGUCCCCGCAGUCCUGGGACCGGGAGUCCUCUAACCCCAGUGACCGCAGGCAUCACUGA